ACCGAACGUUUUGCUGCCUGCGGCGCCGGCGCUUCGUGCAGCUUUUUUUCUUUCCUCCAAAGACGUACGAACGAAAGCACAUCCCCGCCCCUGUCCGUCCGUCCGUCCGUCCGUCCGUCGCUGUCCCGGCGUUCGCGUGACGUCUCGCGCGGACACCCUGCUCAUCUUCCGCCAACGAAGCGGAGGUCACGUUGACGUUCAGCGCGCGGAGCCCCGGCCGGAACGCGCCAGACGGCGGGCUCGUGACACACACCCGCGGCUCAGCGCGAGACAGACAUUCAGUCAUUGGGCGUCCGGUGACGUGUUGCGUGCAGGGACAGAGGCUGCGUGUCCUCCGCGAGCGCAGCGGAGGUCACGAGCGGCGCGCACACGGGGCUCCGGCCGGGACACCGGCGGCGUCUGUCAGCGUCUCCCGUGGAGUCGUCGUCCCGAGUGACGUAACUCUGGAGUGACGUCGCCGUGCCGUGUGUACCGCGGGGCGACAGUCUGAGUCUCUCACACACAUACAGGGAUACUGACUGACUCAGGGAAGCGGACCUGGCCGCGCUGCCUGCGGGAGACAAACGGAUCACGCUGAACGCGCAUCGCUGCCGUCGUCAUGCGUGUGCGUGGAGCCGUCAUGCUCUGUUGCUGGUAAAACCCGUCCGCUUACUCGAGAAGAAGCCCGGUCUUCAGGCAAGGCGCAGAGAUCACCCAGGUAGUUUCUGGGUGCCAUGCCCAGUGCGCAGGCAGGCUUAAGAGCCGAGCGCAGGGAGCCGGCCGUGUCCAGGGGCAGCGCUAGGCGGGUCACCCGAACCCGGGGCCCGGAGGCACCGCUCAAGAAGCGCCUGAUGGCAGAAAUGGACCUGAAACGCCAGGCUUCCAGAGGAAAUCCCGGAGCCCCCCGAAUCAAGAAGGAACGCGCAGAGGAAGACGAUGAGGCGGAAGAGCGACGGGAGGCCGGGUGCGAGCGGAGCGGUAGGCGGGGCCGGCCCUCGCACCUCAGCCCGGGACUCCGUCACACGCUAGCCCAGUUCACUCUGAGCAGCCAGAGCUCGCUGGGGGGACCCGCGGCGUUCUCAGCCCGCGGCAGGCAGAACGAGACGGUGUUGCCGCCGCCGCCGCCGCCAUCUACGCCUGUGCUGGCACCCUGCGACAGCUCCACGGAGCUCACCCACGCUCUCCUGGAAGGAGAGGCCAUCUCCUGCUUCGCGGUGGGCGGCGAGAAGCGGCUCUGCCUGCCCCAGGUGCUCAACUCGGUGCUGCGGCACUUCUCCCUGCAGCAGAUCAACGCCGUGUGCGACGAGCUCUACGUCUACUGCUCCCGCUGCCGCGCCGACCAGCUGCACGUGCUCAAAGUGCUGGGCGUCCUACCCUUGAACGCUCCCUCCUGUGGCCUCAUCACCCUGACGGACGCGCAGCGGCUGUGCAACGCCCUGCUGCGGUCUGGCCACGCGCCGCCGCCGUCGCCGUCCCCCCCUCCGUCUCCGUUAAAGGAGGGAGGGGGCAGCUUCCAGGUGGAGCACCGGUGCCUAGGCAAGGGUCAGGGCUUGUUUGUAGGCGCGCUGUACUCUCGGCCCGACGCCGCCUGCAUCCAGUGCGCCCGGUGCCGGCUGCUCUUCUCCCCCCCCCGUUUCGUCAUGCACUCGCACCGUUUGCCCGACCGCCGCACCUGCCACUGGGGUUUCGACUCGGCCCGCUGGCCACGCUACCUGCAGCUGGCUCGCAAGUACCUGGGAACCCAGGAUGAGGCGCCCUACAAGAAGCUGUUGGAGGAGAUGAAGGAGAAGUUCAGCGCGGCGCACAAGAAGCCGCUGGACAGUCCUCGUCAGGGCAGCUGCAGCAUCCGUUCUCCAAGCGAGAAGCUGCAGGGCGGAGACCCCGAGGAAAAGGCCAGUCGCUACUUGUAUCCAGACGUGAAAGAGGAGCCUGACGUCACUGCGGAUGACACUCAUCCAAGCUGCUUCCUCUACAAGUUUGACGAAGGUGAAGCAGCCGGCGUGUCCCCGGGGAAGGCGGACGGCCAGGUGAGCGUCGAAGUUCUCCGCACUCUCCUCAAACGCCACUACAGCCAGGAGAGCGCAAGCAAAGAGGUGCGGUUGAAGCUGAGCUUGGCAGAUGUUGGAAGAACAUUCCGGCGCGCCAGUGGACACGAGCACCGGCCUCGGCUGGUCACCACGGAAAUGUGCCAGGGUGAGGAGACCUGCGCAGCGCUUCUGGACGAGGACACGACUUUGGAGGAGGGCAGAGACGGGAUGGUUCCGGAGAUUGUGCAGCUGUACCACAGACAACAGGAGGUGCUCAACGCUACCCUGCAGAAGCACAAGCAACUGGAGGCGGAGCUAGCAGCAGUACGCAGGGGUCGGGCCCCCGUUCGCUCUGAGCUGCUAACGGAGCCUGAGACAGUCCACGCCGAAGACUCUCUGAAGGAGCCGGCGACGGUGGAAACUGAGCGCGCUCAGAAGUGCACAUGUGCAUCCGCUGCGCAGUCACUACCGGAGGCCCAUUAUGCUGUGCAGCUGUCGGAGCUGCGACGGCGCCUCGACCGGGCAGAGGAAGACCGCGAGGAGCUGCAGGAGGCCCUAAGGCAGGAGCGGGAAGCCCGGGAGAAGCUGGAGCUCGUAAUCGCACAGCUCCGUCAGCAGCUCAGCGACUCGCACCCUGUCAGCGGGAGGGCGGCGCCAGGUGCAGCUGCAGUCUGGAGCUAGAGCCACUGUCUCUCUCACACACACACACACACACCUGUGUACUGAUGCUGAAACGGAGGACUGCCCCUCCUCCCGUAAGCCCAUGUGUUUUUCUUCUGUUUGUGUGUGAUUGUGGAAGCUUUUGUUUGGACUCGUGAAAAGCUUUUUUUUUUUUUUUUUUUUUUUUUGCUGUUUUCAAUGUUUUACACAAGAGUUUAUAUUUUCCAAGAGGAAAGAAAGAAAUCAAUGCAGGGAACUAUUUGCUCAGUCGUGUUCGGAGGGCUCAGAUGAAGGGCUGUGGGCUGUGCCACCAAUCUUGUGUACAAGUUCUGGUGACGCUGUGUGAGCUCUGGUCAUUUGUGCCCGAUAUGCAGAUAGACGUGUUUUUGAGCACGUUUAGUAUAUAGUGGAAACACUUGGAAUGUGGUUAUAAUUAUUUUUAAAGGCUCACUUUUUGAACGCGUUCAUAGUAAGAACUUUGAAAAGACCAUAAGGCAGCGCUGGGUCCCAACACCAGCAGUAAUGGCUGAACUAGUGGGAAUAUCUUUAUUCCAACGUGUGUUUGCAAUUUGUAACCGGAGGCACUUCUGAGUUUGAGGCCAUGCGGCCGCGACUCGAUGGGUCACACUGUGGUGUCGUCGACAGGCGGCCAGGCGAGGGCGCUGUCCGUGCCGGACCGCUUCCGCAGCCGGUGCACAGCUGGCGGGUGUAGUGAGGACGGGAAAUGGCGACAGGACACACGGGCGCUGAUGUGGAUCGAAAGAUCGUUCUUGAGUGCGUUCCGUAAGACAGCGUCACCCUUUGGCAUCGUGAGACUCCACACGGGGGGCCCUUUCCGUUUUAUUUACCGCACGAUGCUACGGCCGCUGCCCCACUUUAAGAUCUGCAAUGAGAAUGAAGACAUAAGAGCGUCUCCUUUAUUCCUUCUUUUCCCUCUUUCUCCCGCUCUUGCAGGAGGAGUGUUAAACAGCUGCGUACUGUUGUGAAAUUCUCUUCAGCAAUCAUUCAUAAAGAGCUGCUCUCCAUUUGCUCUUCCCUUCAUGGUAACCGUACGAGUGUAAAUGCGGCCAUGUCUGCCUUUUCUUUCUCUCCCUGUCACUGCUGUGGCAUGUUUAGCGUCCCGUGUCAGUCCUGUGUGAGGUGACGUUCUGAGUGUGGAAUAUGAAGUGAGCUGCGUCAUAAAGGAAGUGAGGUGAUGGGAUGGCUGGUAGCGUACUGGUUAGUGCUGCUGCCUUUAGACCCCUAAGGUUGCAGGUUC